GCCAGUUAACUUAACAGAUCUGAAAAUGGAGUACUACUGUGUGAUCUUCCUCUCAAUAACUGUAUUCUGUAACUUUCUCAGUCUGUCAUCCGGCAAUCAAACUAACAACAGUUCCUCCGUGACAUUGUAUGGCAUCGGAGUUGUUCUUGAUUUGGGAUCUUCGCUUGGAAGGAUGGCAAAUAACUGUAUUUCCAUGGCCGUCUCUGAUUUUUACUCUAUAAAUAGACAUUACAAAACAAGGCUGGUUCUGCACACCAGGGAUUCCAUGGGAGAGCCUCUCUAUGCUUUGUCUUCAGCUAUUGAUCUUUUAGAAAAUAAAAAUGUCCAUGCAAUACUGGGGCCACAAACAUCUGAAGAGGCCGAGUUUCUGGUUGAUCUAGGAGACAAAGCUAGAGUGCCCAUUGUUACCUUUUCCGUGACCACCCCCUUUCUUUCUCAGGAGAAAACUCCGUACUUUGUCCGUGUAGCAAUCAAUGAUAAUGCUCAGGUAAAAGCUAUAGCUGCCAUUGUUCAAGCAUUCAGAUGGAGGCAGGUGACUCUCAUACAUGAAGAUUCGAAUUAUGGAAAUGGUAUCAUAGCAUAUCUAAUUGGAGCCUUUGAGGAGAUUGAUUCACAUGUCCCCUAUAGGAGUGUCAUUUCCCUGAGAGAUACUGAUGACCAGAUCACUAUAGAGCUCCAAAAACUGAUGACAAUGUCCACCAGGGUAUUUGUUGUGCACAUGUCCUCUUCCCUUGCUUCGCGACUUUUCUUAAAAGCGAAGGAAUUGGGGAUGAUGAGUAAAGGGUAUGCCUGGAUUAUAACUGAUGGGAUAACGAGUUUCUUGAAUUCAAUGGAUCCAUCAGUCAUUGACUCAAUGCAAGGGUUAGUAGGCCUAAAUCCUUAUAUUCCACCUUCAGAAGAGCUUAACAACUUCACUGUGAAAUGGCAAAACAAGUUUCCCAAUGACAAUCAAAGCGGUAAAUUGAAUGAAUUAAAUGUGUUUUGUUUGUGGGCGUACGAUGCUGUUUGGGCUCUAGCAAGAGCAUAUGAAGAAAUCGGUCCCAGAAUGUCCCAACCUCAGAAAUUGAAAUCUUGGAGUAAGUUUACAAACCUGGCUUCCAUUUCAGUAUCACAAACUGGUUCAAAGAUUCUCAAAGCUAUUUUGCAGAGUCAAUUUAAUGGUUUGAGUGGCAAGUUUCAGCUUAAGGAUGGACAGUUGGAACCAGUGGCAUUCCAACUAGUAAAUGUAGUUGGAAAUGGGGUCAAGGGAAUUGGAUUUUGGACACCAAAACAUGGAAUUUCACGAGAACUUAACCUGUCAGAUAGCCAGCUCUAUUCAACAUCUGCGAACAGUCUUCAACCUACCAUCUGGCCUGGACUAUCCGCUGUUAUCCCAAAAGGUUGGACAAUGCCAGUGAGUGGAAAGAAAUUGAGAAUUGGAGUUCCAGUGAAAGAUGGUUUUACUGAAUUAGUGAAGGUGGAUCGCAAUCUGCAAACUGGUUCAGUUUCUGUAUCUGGCUUCUGCAUAGAUGUGUUCAAGGCUGCAGUUGAAAAUUUACCUUAUGCAUUAACUUAUGAGUUCAUCCCCUUUGCUGAUUCUAAUGGAAGCAGUGCAGGAACCUACAAUGACCUUGUAUUCCAAGUCUAUCUCCAGGUUUUUGAUGCAGUGGUGGGGGACGUUACAAUCACAGCAAACCGAUCUUUGUAUGUGGACUUUACUUUGCCUUAUACAGAGUUAGGUGUGGGCAUGGUGGUGCCUAUUGAGAUUGGAAAAGCCAAGAACAUGUGGAUCUUUUUGGAGCCUUUGACAGUGGACCUUUGGCUUGUUAGUGGUGCUUUUUUCAUUUUGACAGGGUGUAUUGUUUGGUUCAUAGAACGCAAAAUCAAUGAUGAGUUUAAGGGCUCAAGGGCUCAACAAGUUGGAAUGAUAUUCUGGUAUUCAUUCUCAACCCUGGUAUUUUCACAAAGGGAAAAGUUGAUAAGCAACUUGUCCAAGUGUGUGGUGAUUGUAUGGCUAUUUGCUGUACUCAUACUAACUUCAAGUUACACUGCAAGUUUGAGUUCAAUGCUAACCGUCAAUCGACUUCAAAUGCUUCGGAAAGGGAGUUUUAUAGGUUAUCAAUAUGGAUCGUUACUCGGAGAAAUACUUAAUAAUUUGAAUUUUGCAAAUUCCUCGCUUGAAACAUAUGGAUCUAUUGAAGGCUAUGCUCAUGCCCUAACAGAAGGGAGUAAAAAGGGUGGAGUUUCUGCUAUCAUUGAUGAGAUACCUUACAUUAAGCUCUUUCUUGCACAAUAUGGUGACCAGUACACCAUGAUGGAACCUGAAUAUCUUACCACCAAUGGAUUUGGAUUUGCUUUUCCAAAAGGGUCCCUUUUGGUCCGUGACAUUUCAAGGGCAAUAGCAAAGCUAAGAGGAGAUGGUGAACUUCAUAAGAUACAGCAAACUUGGUUUCAAGACCACUCGGUUUUUAAGAAGCAAGAAUCUCUAACAAAACCAAGCAUCCUUGACUCCUAUAGCUUUCGUGGCCUCUUUCUGGUCACAGGUACCUCUUCAACUCUAGCCUUGAUCAUAUUCUAUGUUUUCCUGAUCAAGAACAAAUUAACCAGUGAAGGACAACCUCAGCUUUGCAAUCAGAUUGCGCAAGAACCUUUAUCUGAUGAUAGUAUUAGUAUGUCUGCAGCCGCACUAGACAUUUCAGACCAUCCAACUGAUAACAAUAUCUCAACUGAAGGAGAAGAGAAUUUGAGUGCCACUGAUAAUGGAAACCAUCCUUCAUAACUAUUAGGUGCAGAAAUACAAUUCAAAUGACUAACAAUUAUUAGAUGACAGUUAUCCUGCAAAUGAAUUCUAGCGGUUUAUAUGAACUUUUUAAAGUAUUUGAUCCAACUUA